ACUUCCUUUGGAUCAAGCAUUCGCAUGCACUGGAAUUCGGAAAUUUACCCAUCCGUAAGACGUGCCUCCGCAACCACUUAAGAAUUGAUUUAGGUCACCUUGGACUUGUAAACAUACACUGUUCUUCGCUUGUAGUAACCUCGUUCCGCAUCUCUUCACCCCACCCCGCGAAAGUCGCAUUGCACUACCAUAAAUAUGCCUGGGGGUGACGGAACACCAGGCCAUAUGGCCAAAUUUAUCGGGGCUCAAUUGUUUAGCAAUGCCCCGAAGCCUACAACAAGCUUCGCAGGGCAGACCAUCAUCAUUACCGGGUCAAACACGGGGCUAGGGUACGAAGGCGCUAAACACGUCCUCAACUUGGGAUGCACCAAGCUUAUCAUAGCGGUGCGCUCAGUGGAGAAGGGCGAAACUGCUAGGCGCUCUCUCAUAGAAUCAACUCGAUGCGAUGCAAGUAUCAUCGAGGUAUGGCCCAUCGAUCUUACUAGCUACGACAGUGUGAAGGCUUUUGCCGAACGCGCGGACCGAGAGCUAGAGCGCCUCGACGUUCUCCUAGAAAACGCAGGAGUCGCCUCGGUGGAGUGGAAUUGGGUUGUAGAUAAUGAGCGGAUGGUGACGGUGAACGUCGUCUCGACCUUCCUUCUAGCCUUCCUCAUGCUACCUAAGCUCAAAGCUACAGCCGCCAAGUUCAACACGAAGCCGCAUUUAACGAUCGUGACAAGCGACACGCACUUCUUGGUCGACUUCAAGGAGGGGGACGCGCCCGAGGGAAUCUUCAACAGGCUAAACGACAAAGCCAAGUCGCUGAAGACCCAGAGCGAGCGUUACCCAACCACCAAACUGAUGCAGGUGUUCAUUGUUCGGGAAUUGGCCGCUCGUUUGCCAAAGGAAACGACUCCUGUCAUCAUCAAUUGCACAAACCCCGGCAUGUGCCACAGCGAGCUGUCGCGUGAGUUGGAUGGCAUGCAAAUCCGGAUUCUGAAGUUCUUGCUUGCAAGGACAUCAGAAGAAGGCUCUCGGAAUCUGAUCGCUGGGGCAAGCGGCGGAAUAGAUACACACGGUCAAUACUUGGAUGUGGGAAAGGUGAAAACGCCUGCAACUGUUGUUGUUGGCCCUGGCGGCGCAGAGAGGCAGAAGCGCUUAUUCAACGAGCUCAUUGAGAAGCUGGAAAAGAUCGUACCAGGGAUAUCUGCUAACCUAUAAAGGCCAGCAGCUUCAUCGUCUCAUGUCAUUACUUUUCUGUUUGAGUCUUUUGCUCCUUUUUCAAAUUUCUUAUUCCGGACCAAUCUAGGGAGCUGUAGAUGGUCUAGGAUAAUGGUGCGGAUCUUUAGGGAUGAUCUGUUGGAUGAUCUGCUGGAUGAUAUUUUGGAUGAUAUUUUGCUACAAAAACCCAGGCUGGGUUCCUGAAAGAUACCAUAGUUUGAUAACAGUCAUGUUGGCACGGUUUAAUUCAUUGAAUAUUCCUAUUGUCG